AGUCCAUUUAAAGUGCCGCUGGGAGUCUCGCGCACAGAGCGCGCGGUGGACAAGAUCUCGCGCGCUGGGAAGCACGCUGUAUUCUCCUCAAAGUCUCUCUUCAUUAUUUUCUCUCUGACAUACACACACAAACAUUAAACAGCAUGAGACUCUAAAUAUACUUACUCAUCCAGUGGAUAUCUGGGAUCCAUGCGCUUGAUAAAGAGUCAGAAUGGGAUUUUAGUGUCUUUAUGAAGCACCUAUCGAUAUGACGCGCUCCGUCAGCUCCGUGGAUUCUUCCCGCACGCGACGAUCCGGUGAAUGAUGGACGAGAACGAGCAGCUCGCGCGGCAGAUCGAUGGCGCGAGGCAGGAGGUGGCGAACUUGCGCGCGGAACUGACAGCCACCGGACGCGGACCGGCGGAACUCGGCGAGCUGGAAGAACAGGGAGAACCGCAGGAACAUCAGCAGAGCCAGCACGAUGUACCAGUGCAAAGGCAGAAAGCCUUGACAGAGCUUAGUCAAAAAAAUGACAUCCAGGAAACAUCAUUAGAUAAAGUGCUGUUGCAUGAGGAGGUGGUGCGUCUGCAGGAGGAGGUGUCAGUAUUAAAGCAGGUGAGGGAGAUGCUGAACCGUGAGCUGGAGGAGACAGGAGGCGGUUGCACCGUGGAGCUGCUGUCAGUAUCACAGCUCCGGGUGCAGCUGACGCAAAGAGAGCAGGAGCUGGACAGAGCAAAGGAGGCAUUACAGGCUAUGAAGGCAGACAGGAAACGUUUGAGGUUAGAGAGGACUGAUCUUGUGAAUCAAAUGCAGCAGCUGUACACGACACUAGAGAGCCGUGAGGAGCAGCUCCGAGACUUCAUACGCAAUUAUGAACAACAUCGAAAAGAGAGUGAAGAUGCAGUGAGGAUCUUGGCAAGGGAAAAGGAUUUGUUAGAGCGGGAAAAGUGGGAUCUACGUCGACAAACCAAAGAGGCCACGGAACAUGCCAGUGCACUCCGCUCUGCGCUGGACCUGAAAGAGAACAGGAUCAAGGAGCUGGAGGCUGAACUAGCUAUGAUGAGUAACAUUAUGGCUCAGAAACUAGAGAGUCGCGUGUUCGUUCGCUCUCCAGAGAGACCAGCUUCACCUAAAAAUGUGUCGGCAAAACAGUCUUUGGCUACCCUCACCAAAGACGUUCCUAAGCGACACUCGCUGGCCAUGCCUAUGGAGACUGUCGUCAACGGCAACCAAGAGUGGGCGAUGCAUGCAGAGCUUCCUCUGACUGCGGCGAUACGACAGAGUCAACAGAAUCUUUACCACUCAAUGGACAGACAGGUGUUAAAAGCGCCACAGUGCGUCUGUGACGCAGACGGCAUCGGCAUGAUGUCAUCAGCCGCGGCUCGUGUCAGUCCCUGUCACUCCAAACAACCGUCAGUCAUCUCAGAAGCAUCCAUGAUGGAGGGAGAAAGAUGCUCGACUCCAUCAGAUUCACCACGACACAGAACGCAUUCUCUCUGCAACUCUCUAGAGGAUUUAGAGGAGCAAAGGCGCAGGAAGAAGAAGGAAAGAAUAGGACUGGGCUCACUGUCGCGGGUGUUCGGCAGAGGAAAGCAAAGGAAGUCAUUGGAUCCCACUCUGUUUGAUGACUCAGACAGUAUGUCAAGCCCCGCCCGUCUCAGCGUGAGCCUAUCGGAAUACGAGGAUCAGCUGGAUCGCCUGCAGCAGGUGGAGCUCGCGCGGACGGUGCCCAUGUCCCGGUGGCGCGCGGGAACCGUGCAGGCGUGGCUGGAGGUCAUCAUGGCCAUGCCAAUGUACAUGCGAGCCUGCGCAGAAAACGUUAAAAGCGGCAAGGUUUUAUUAGUUCUUACCGAUGAUGACCUGGAGUUUGUUUUGGGGAUAAGUAAUUCAAUGCACCGCAGGAAACUGCGUCUGGCUAUUGAGGACUACAGGGAUGCAGAAUCAGGACAUGGUCUUUCUAAAGCAGCAGAUAUGGAUCAUCACUGGGUAGCUCAGGCGUGGCUGACUGAUGUCGGUCUCCCUCAGUACUCUCAAUUCUUCCACACUCACCUGGUGGACGGACGUCUCCUGAGUACACUGACACGCGCCGACCUGGAUAAACACAUGCAUGUGUCUAAAAAAUCCCACCAGAGCAGCCUUCUGCUGGGAAUACAAUUGCUACACACACUCAACUUUGACAAAGAGAUUCUGCAGUCCAGGCGAGCUGAGUGUGAAAAUCAGAACACAGAUCCAGUGGUGUGGACUUGUCAUCGCAUUAUGAAAUGGAUCAAGGAGAUUGAUCUAAAGGAAUUCGCUGACAGUCUUCAGAAUAGUGGGGUCCAUGGAGCUGUAAUGGUGUUGGAUCCCUCCUUCACAUGUGAAACCAUGGCAACAGCUUUAUGUAUUCCAAGCAACAAGCACAUGGUCCGCCAUCACCUGAAUGAAGAGAUGGAGGCACUUGUUAGUGCUGUCAGGGCAGAACUUGAUCAGGAAGUUGAACCUUUGGGAACUCCACCCACACUACGCAGACAAAGUUCUCUAAGCAGCUCCUCACCCAGUUCCCAUGAUGACCAGCAGUCUUUGAGAAGAGUGAAGCAGCAGCUGGGUCUCAGCCCAAAGGAUCUCACUGGACAGAGGAACAGUCAUCAAAACCGGUCGGGCUCAUUUCCCAAGAUUGGACUUCAAGAAUUCUCGCUGCAAAGAGAGCGUUGCCCAGUUCGACAUUUUUCUGCUGCGGAGCUAACGAAUGUCUGAGUUCUCUUGCCAGAACACUUAUAAAGAAUUUCAGAAUUGUAUUUUUCCAAAUGGUGGAAAGUUCAUUUAUCAUAACAAAGUUUAACAAAAGUUUAUCACCUUCUCAAUAACUUUUGAACCGUCUGUUUGCCAGUGGAGGUCUUGGCAUUGUACUGUAUAGUAUGCCUUAUGAAGGUUGUGUGGUCUCACAAAAGACAUUUUCAAAAUAUGUUUCAAUAAGCACAUACUCUUUGAAGAUUAAUUUACCAUUUUAUUUAGCUAAGUUCAGGAGGAGCACAAUAUAUAUAGUAGGGUGUUGUGUAGGGGGAAGUACUCUGGGUUUGAGCUAAAUUCCGAGUUCGGAGACCUCCCCUCAGAUAGCUUGCCAAAUAUGACUUAUCAUAUUUGAUUACAUGUUAAAGCCACAAUAUGUAAGAUUUUUGUAAUAAAAUAUCCCAAACUUA